AUGAAGUUAGACGUCGACGAAUGGGUCAGAGCACAGUACACUGAAAAGCACUGCGACAAGUAUGGUCGACUAGGUGGAGCGGUGAAUCUUGAAAGAUUUCUCUCGAGACUGAUCAAGCUGCGGCCAGACAUUGCCGCCGCAAUUACAGAUUGCGUACAGCGACUUGAUAUAGGAAUCUGCGAGGCGUUUCCGACCAACAAGCAUGGAAAGUUCACAGAUGUCGCAGCACUUUCGGAGCAAUUGGUGCGGGUGCGACCUGAUUUGAAGAACGACGCAAAACGGGACAAAUUGAUUCUUCGAAAGGCCAAUCUACAGCGCGCAGCAGUACCGGCACUAGCCAAGCCGCUGUCUGUCCCACCGGGUGGCGCAAACGAUGGUCCAUCACAUGCACACACUACCACUACAGAUGAAUCAUUGCAGGUCUGGAUUAGUUCUCUGUAUCCAGAGACAGGUUUCAAGGGGGCCGGCUUCAUCGGUUGGGCGGCCUUUUCAGCUGCCUUGGUCAAAGCUAAGCCCGCGCGUAGUCUUGAGAUAAGGGCGACCCUAAAAGAGCAAGCACAUCCGCUUUACACACGGACAUACAUUAACAGUGGACAGUAUGCGACUUCCCGGACAUAA